AUGUAUGUGAAAUGCUUUGAUACAGUAAUGUUUUACUAUGUGAUUUUAGUGUAUUUAGUGAAUGUCACUUUCACUUUUUUUAAUUUCCCGCCGUUCUGUCCCCGUACGUUCUGAUGUUGCAGGGAAUGGAACCCAGAUGACAGAUGCCGGCAUCGGCCGGAGGACAUUACAGGGGACACUGCAGGAGGGACAUCGUGGGAGCGAAGGACAAGGUAAGUGAAGAAGAGAUCCCGGAGCAACGCUCCAGGGUAUUCCCGGGUGUAGCUCAGGGUUACCGCUUGUACUACACUCGGGAAUACCUCCAGGGAGGUUAAGCU